UUUUUGGUUCAUUUCCGCAUUUUUUCUGUCGUUAUGGUAACAGAGCACCUGUUUGUAAGUGUAAGCUGACAAAGCAUUUGCUAAAACUUUGUUAUCCUAAGGGGACCUUGCUAACAAGGGCCCGUAUUUUAGCCUGCCUUUAUUCAUAAAGGUAUCAUCAUAUCAUGGCAAGCUACAGGGCAUCGGAAUCCAAACGGGAGCAGUUUCGAAGAUAUCUUGAGAAAUCAGGAGUGCUGGACACCCUGACGAGCAUUUUAGUGGCUCUUUAUGAAGAACCCGAGAAGCCCAACAACGCUCUGGACUUCAUCAAGCUUCAGCUCGGGGCGGCUGGUCCGGAGCCAGCAGACGCUGAGGCCCUGCGGCUGGAGCUUGCCGAUCUCCAGCAGAAGUGCAACCUGCUCAUGAAGGAAAACGAAGAGCUACGGAACAAGCUGAUGCAGCAAGAGACGUCACCUGGUGAAGGAGAGGGAGAGUAGCACCACCUUUUGCUUUUUUGGGGUGAAAAAAAUAAAUCUUCCAACACUGGC